ACACGCACCAUCACUAUCAGCAUACAUGCUUCAACUGUACAAAAUUUCUACUUUAAACUUUUAUCUUCCAUACAUUCUGCUCUUAUCUCUGGCCCAAAAAUGGCGUCGAUAUCUCUGAAGGAACGAGCGUGCUUGAUCCUUACACUUCAGCUCAUCAAUAUGGCAGACCAAGCUUCUUUUGCUUCGGGAGCUAUUGAUCCUACCGAGGGUUUUGUGUCCCUCAAUUUAAAACCAUCAGAUUUUUCUGUGCAGACGCCCUAUGAUGUGCCAACAGAUGAGCGAUACAGCUUCCAAAAUGGGAUUCACAAGCUGUGGGUAUACUCCACAGACAAGCCUCACACUCCUACUAGCAAAACCAAGCCACGAACUGAGAUCCGUAUAUUGGGACAUGAUUACUCAUCUGGGUUAUGGCAAUUUGAAGGUUAUGGCUACAUCCCAACUGGAACAUCAGGUGUUUCGAUCAUGCAAAUUUUUGGAGCCAGUCAGCAUGCCACAACUCUAAUGGUUAGGGUUUAUAACGGUUCACUCACAUACUACACGAGCCCAGUCCUGGUCCCAAACAUCUACAACAAAUGGUUCAGGCUAAAUGUAAUUCAUGAUGUGGGCAAAUCUGUUAAGGUUUAUAUUGAUGGAAUUCUCAAGCAUCAAGGUCCUAAUCGAGGCGGAACAUCUCAUUACUUCAAAUUUGGUGUUUAUGCUCAAGAGGGUGAUUCUUAUUAUAUGGAAUCCCAGUGGAAGGACAUCAGAGUUCUUAAAAAACAUAAUUGAUUUUUGUUUCUUUUGUGUUACUAUAAGAGAAAAACUUAAAUAAGAGUCUCACCAUCUCACUUGGUUGAUUUGGAAGACCAUCCAAUAAAAUAAAGAGGAGUAUUGUUAAUUUAAAA